ACUAGUUGUAUUGGAUCCUUGGACGCAUAGUCUUAUGACGAUAUCAAACAGCUGUAGCACUAGCCUCUCAACGUGACCUUAAAGCAAGGCCUGCAAACUGCAAACCGCCUACCAUGAGUCUCAAGUAUCUUUCAGUUUUUUCUAUAUUCAUUACUCCUCUAUCUUUUACAAAUCUACUUAAAGAUCAUCCAUUUCCGAUUCUUACAAACUCAGGACACAGAAUGAUCAUCCAACACGAAUCGCCGACUUGUUCUCUUCAUGUCCAACAAUCAAGACCUCCUUCUACAUCCUCAAUCUCGACAGACACUGUCGAAAACUCCAUCCAAAAACUAAUUAAGAACUGGAACAGAAGACAAAAAUGGAACAAGCUGUUUUUCCAUACGGCACCACAACAGGGAACAACUGAUAGAUCACCUUGGAGAGUCGAGUUGGCCAACUUUCUGGAAUCAACUCCUGUACGCAUAUUAGCAAUCUCAUUACUCCUCACCGAUCUUAUUCUCACCAUUCUUGAGCUUUCAUCGUCUCUGGUCUCUUGUAAAUCAAGCAAAGGAGUGGAGGAGGCAUGGUAUCACUGGAUAGGAAUAGCCAUUUUGAGCUUGCUUUCGUUGAAGAGUCUGUGUCUGGUGGUGGCGCUUGGCGGUCUGUUCUUUAGGCGCGCGGGUUAUGUAGUUGAUGCCGUGGUUUUAGUGGUGGCUUUGUUAUUGGAAGUGUUUUUGGAGAAAAUGGGAGGCGGGCUGGUGAUUGUGGUGAGCUUGUGGAGGGUGGUUAGAGUUGUGGAGAGCGCUUUUGAGCUGAGCGACGAAACCAUUGAAGCACAAAUUGAAGGCAUAGUGUGUGAGUUUCAGGCACUCAAAGAUGAGAAUGCAAGACUGUUGGGGAUCAUUCAUGACAAGGAUGCUGUGAUUCACAACUUACAGGAACAACUGGAUCAACUAUACAAGGCAGCAUAUUAAAUUAAAGCCAUCUUGCUGUUUCAGUGACUACAGACUGGAGUCAUUUUAACAAGUUUACCACAACCAAACAAACAUCCUCGAUUCAAUACUGUCCUUCCACCUCACCUACCGAAUACAACCAACAAAUAACCUGCUUUGCACAUAUACAUAGAUUCUGGUUCAUCUUUCCAUGUAGUUAAUCUUAGAAUAUAACUAUAAAUAUUACUGACUUAUGCCAAAAUAUCAUAAAAUCUCGAUAUGUAAAGUACUUUAAAAUUCCACUCAAGUAUGAUAUAGUUCCAUGGUU